CGAAGCCCCUGGACCCUCUGCUUUUGCGCACAAAAGGUGCCUGCAAACUCUCUCCUGUCGAAAUGCCAGCGUCGACGAGGCCCUCGCCACAGCACCACAGCCAGGCUUCGGCACGGUGAUACCAGCCUUACGAUGUCUGUAGUCAGCAAAUCUGACGACCGGAUGGACUAUGGUAUCCCGAAGCUGUCUCAAGAGGACAAAAUUACCACCUAUCCCAUCGACUGGACACCGCCAGUAGACAUUCACUUGGAUUCCUUGCAAAAUGAUGCGUGUUUUACGCACCAGACUCGCUCUGGGCCGCUCACUACCGAAGAACGAAUCCAAGGCGCUAUUCACCGUCUUUCUGCCAUCAAAGAAGCACAGCCGGACAAACCAGACUCAUUGAGUUCUUCAUCGAGUGCUAGCACUGCUGGGGAAUGGAGUACGCCGCCUACACCAACUACGUCACCUUCUUUUCCCCAACAAUUCUCAACGACUCUGCCUUUCUAUAAUCCAGUCCCGUACACUCCGCCACGUGUGUCACAACGCGGUGUAGGGGCACAACCACGAACAACUAACCCCAAGCUAGCAAAAGUUCGGCCAAGCUAUCGGGCAUCUGCUUUGCGGUCAGAGGUCCGCUACGAUUCGAUAACGCAACUUGAUGGUACCCCCGAAUCUUCAGCUCAGGACCCAUCUAGGGCGGAAGACUCGACUCUGAACCCUGAAGAUGACCGAAUCACUUCAGACCCGACAGGCAGUCCAAGCAACUUUCGGCAUGGACCGUCAGGUAUUAUACCUCAUUCAGCUCUACCGACAGGAUACUAUCCCAGCUUGGCCGUCCAGGCUUGCAUUCGCAUGCCAAACCGGCCAACCCGUUCGAUUCGUGCAGCUGAAGAGGAGUACCGCUUUCCUCCCAGAGCAACUUUCAUUAAAGAGGGAAUUGCGUGUUCUUCAAGCCCAUGUACAGCGCCUAACUCACGAUACAACACGCCUGUUGAUACGCCUUUUGUUACGCCUUUUGCUACGCCCCCUGAUUCUUCAGCCAACUCAAGGGCACCCUCGCUACGAAACUUCAGGCAUAACGGACGUGUUUGGGCUGAGAUGGAGAUCGACACCGACUGUGAUGAGCGCUCUGUCGACUCUCUCACAACCCAUGUCGGCGGUACACGACCGACUGGCGCGCAAGUCCCUCGUGCACAUGCUCACCCUGGUGGUACGCACAACAUGAGCGACAUCAGGACGGGUAUCCCGUUUUGGAACCACGUCAACGCCAAGAAAAUAGCCAAGGAAACCCGUGAUUGGGAGAAGAGAGCCGGCGAUGCCCAGCUCCCUUCCCGCUCAUAUUCUAUCGAUUCAGAGACCACGAAGGCGUCACCGCGGAAGCUUCGUGCGCUGAUUAGAAUGCUAGAGAAGAUCUUCUGGAGGCUGAAGAUAAAAAGUGUCUCGCAGACUUCUCCCCCACCGACAGACUGGUCAUAACAUAUACAAUGACGAGGAUGAGAAGAACUUAUCCGCGCAAUCUGAGUUUGAGCAAGGAGUUUGGGUAGAACGGGCGUUCUUUCGUUAAAGUCGUUCGUUUAAGCGGGAGUCACAGGAAACACAUAUACGGAGCGGCGUUAUAUUUUUCAUAUACAUUCGCUUUCAGGCAACCGAGCAUAUACAUUCAUUGAAGACA